AUGUCCCGAGUCACUCCUCCCGUUACCAAACUCACCCAUGCUCUUCGUCGUAGCAUCAGUACUACUUCUACUGUCGCAAGUCCCAGUUCGAAAUUGAAUCUUAAGGGUGCUAAAGCUGAUCUCAUCUCCAAACUCUCUACCCACGAACGCACUAUAACCACCACCCAUCGCCCACUUCCCCCAUCAAUAAAAACCAUCCCCCUCAUGCAAGGAUUCCGCACCUCUGCGCCACGUCCCUCUCCCUCGUCCACCACAUCAACCCUCGACCAUCUCGUACUUCCCCGGCUUCACACCGAGCCCCCUUCCACGUACACGAUGCGUGUUCCCAUUCUCCCCGAUAACUACCGCGCUUCUCAAUCCAUCAAAGAAAGCAUCGACACUGCAGUUCCUCGACAGGAAAUCCACAUUAUCAGUGCGCAGCCGGAAGAAUUCGUUGCAAGUGUAAAUGUGUUGACGGAGGUGGUGGGGAACGAAGCGGAAGCGAGUAUGGAUUUGGGAGAAUGGGUCGAGGGGAUCAGGAAUAAAGGUGAAGAGAUGAGGGGAAAGUUUGUGGGGAGAGAUAGUGAACAGGGUGUUCUGGCUGAAUUGUGGAUGAGUAUUCGUGAGGAUAUUGUUGGAUCCAAAGGGAAAGUAGCUCUCUAA